GGCGGGUUUUUUCCUCAGACUGAAAAGGGGGUGGAAAAAAGAAAAAGAAAGCCUUUCUGUCCCCAAGGACUGGUUUGAAUUGCUUUUCCUCUGGAGUAGCUGUGAUUCAGCGUCCCCCUUAGCAGCAAGCAUGAGCAAGGCAGAAGACGAGGGAAAAAAACGCGAAUGAAUCAGAUCAAAAGACCUUGAGAAGGUGGAUUAAAAAGGCAGGUAAAUCCAAAAGAGAGACCAGUGUGGACAGCAGUGGAAACAAACAGGAAGUGAUACCUGAAGAUGAACCAUCCUGGAAUGAUGCUGCUCUUACCUGUGUAUCUGCUGGUACAGACAGAAUGUAGCUCCGUGAAUGCUGAGGUGAAGUUCAGCUAGUGCCCGAUGCAGUGAAAUCACUCCAGACAACUGCUCCCUAAAGAGACCAACAAUAACACAUUCAAGAAAAGAGCUGCAGACAGAGGCCUGGAAGAGAUCAUGCAAGGCUGAGAUUGGGCAACCAGGCAAGAGGAAAGAAAAGAGACUUCCGUUUUAGCCAAGGUGAAAGACACACAAGACAUCCAGGAAGCUUCAGAGGCCCCAAAGGGUGAAGUUCACAAGCAGGAAAAAGACCCAGAAGCAGCAGAGCAGUAAGAAUGGCACAGACGGGGAGAGCAGUGUUUCUGAGUCCUAUGGGGAUCAUGAUGGGGGUACCUGACCUCAUUUAAAAAUAAUAAAUUACUGAGUACCUAGGAAGUAAUUAGAACUCCAACGGGUCCCGCAGAUUUUCUAAAAAUAAUGAAUCAGCGCAUCUAUUUCCUCAACCACCAUCCUGUCACUGAGUGAUGGGAAGACUCUGCUGGACAGCUCUCUGCCACCUGAGACCUGGGAAAGAACAUAAACUCAGAGCUCCCCCGAUGAGACAUCUAUCUUCAGUGCAUUUUUUCUCCACGAAGACAGACUCGCACACCACAUCACUGCCAUUGUCACAGUCGUUAUCCUCUGACCUGUCUCUUGGCUACUAUCUGUCCAGUCCUCAGUUUAGCAGAGCAACUGUAUCCACAAUGGCACCACUGGCUUCAAAAUCUACUUUCAUGAGCUCUUCCCGAACAGACAACCGUCUCGGAAACAGCUGCUCAUUACUUUCAAAGAACCUGACCCUUGACUAUGAGUUACCUGUGUCUGGAGAUGGAGAGGAUUAUUUCCUCUCUUUGUUUGGUGAUUCCAAGAAACUUACUUCACCCUCAGGCUAUGCCAAGGAUCCUUACAAACACUUCUCUACAAUUCUUGAAGAAGUUGGUAAAUCUACAUCCAGUUCUCUUGGAGACAUUAAGAUAGCUGAAGUGAAUGUCAAGGGUUUGUUUGUGAAGCUCCUUAACUCUUCCCUCGACAAAGAAGUGGCGAUUGGAAAUCAUAUUCUCCAGCAAAAUGUGAAAGGAAAAGCAGUUUCUCUGUACCGAUUCCUCCCAAAUGUCAUAAUGCGGGCCGGCUCCACAGUUACGGUGUGGGCAGCAGCACCCAAAGGAAAGCAUCAGCCACCAUCUGACUUUCUUUGGAAGGAACAAAGCACUUUCAGAGCAAGUCCAGAUUGUACAACAAUCCUGUGCAAACCCAGUGGUGAAGCUAUUGCCUGGUACACCCCUAUUCACUGGAAGCAAGUGUGGGAAAAAUUAGAGACCGACACUGAAUUUAACAGAAGUUCAGUAGUAUCACCUGCAUUCCGAAGGCACAUGUUUUUGUGGACAGCAUCUUCAAACACAGUAAAUAAAGAAAACCAGGAUCGAACUAAAGAAGAUGCCUCAAAAUGUGACCAAAAACAAGUGCGACUUCUUAAGAGAGAAAAGGAAAUGCCACCGAGCCUUUUCCCCGACCACAGUCCUUGGUGCAGCAGUCCCUGUGCACCUGCACAUCCCUACUGUCCCCUGAUUAGACCGUGUGACAGAUGCAUUUCUACUAGAAGCAGCUCCAGUAGACAGCCCCGGUCUCAGGCAAGCAGGGCUGAUCCAGCCCCUGAGACCAAGAAAGAGAAAGAAAUGUAAACUACAAAAGAAACAGGCAAUCCAAUCAACCUUUAAAAGUGAAGAUACACCAGCAGUCGGCUGGAGUUCAAGGCCAGCUAUUUCAUUAACAUCCAGAAAGAGCUCUGGGGUACCUCAGUCAAUUAUCUCCUCCAUUUCUCUUUCAUAAAUGCAUUUGACUUUGCUUCUCGAUAUGCUAGAGAGCGAUACUAAUCAAAGAUUUGUUACUGAGCAGUUUCACUGCAUAAGCUGGGAGCUUGUUAGAAAUCUGUUGUCUUAGAGCACGCCCACCCUAGACCUACUGACUAGGAUCCAUAUUUUACUUCUGUCCCUGGGUGGUUAGUGUGCACAUCAAAGUUAGAGAAGCACAGUCUAGAGUAAUCAGUGUUACUAUGUUCACAGAAUAUUCACAGACACUUGUUAAUUAAGGUCUGUAUUCAAGCAGCUCUGUUGGUUCAGCCCUGGGGGAGUUGGAUGACCCUAUAUCCUCAGAAGAAAAAGCAAAAUCAUUUCAUAGCGCAAAAGUAAAAAGAAAAGAAUGGCAUUAAUUCUGAACUUGAACUAUUCAUGAAAAAUUUAAGAGCAACUUUUAUGUUUCUACUUACUUUCACAUCUCCCUAAAACAAGAUUCCUUUGUUGCAUAUCUUAAAUGUAAGUACUUCUAAUUUACAUGA